UGAUUUGAAGAUGGGUUAAUUAAAAGAUCUAAGGAUCGUCUUUGGUUGAAGAGGAUAUUGCAGAAAUCCCAGCUGAUCAUCAUCGAUGUAAAGGAUUUGGAUGAGGGAGCAAUGUAGUAUAUCCAUGUUUUCCUGUAAUAGAUAGUCGUGGACAAUCGGAAGGAUCCAGAGAAGCUUCAGGUUUAGUGAUUGGGCAAGGAAAUAGCGGAUGGACUCCCAUGUGGAGUAAGGGUGGCGAUGUGACUUCCAUUUCAUCUGAUGUAUAUUCUCAUCUGGGAUCCCAAGUUUCUUUAGCACGUGAUAAACAGGAAGAUUGCAGGAAUUGUUGUCCCAGGAGAUGCUGCAUAAUCACUUGUAUAAUCUUGCUCAUUCUUGGAGCUCUGGCAGUUGCUUUAACCUGUGCAGUUAUAUUUGGAAUACCACCCAGAGAGCCAAUAACCCGUCAGUGUAAAACCACUUCACGUUCAGUUGGCUUUCUAUGUGAUGACCGCAGUACUUGCAUCAUUUCGACACAGAUGUGCAAUGGCAAAGUAGACUGCAGCAAUGGUGAAGACGAAUCAGACUUGUACUGUGGAGACCUGCCAAAAAGCCUCCCUAAGUAUUUAGUUUUUACAUGUGGCAACCAGAAGUCCUGGAUCUAUUCAGAUCAGAAGUGUGAUGGAAAAAAUCAUUGUGGAGACUGCUCAGAUGAAUCAGAGCUGCACUGCCCUGCCUGUUCUGGAUGGAAAUGUUCUACCAUAUUCUUCAGUGACUGUGACUGCAUACCGAAGAGUCGCUGCAAUGACUACAUUCAAGACUGCAGUGAUUGGAGCGAUGAAUAUAACUGUAAUAGAUGACUUCUGAAUGAACUGCUCUCUUUAUAUUGGCAUUUAUUUCUAUAAUAGAUUUUGUAUACACAUAUUUUAAUGAACUUUGUGCUCUUUUUGGUUAAAUGACACAUGAGAAUUAACUAAUUUCUAAGACUAAAACUAGUGCAA